AUGGGAUUAUUAGCCUAUGUUUUUUUGUUAAUUCAAUUUUUAUUUUAUUUUUUACAGCCGCCCAAAAAAGGUUCAAGUAAGAAGCCUGAAAAAUCAAGAACACCUAUUUUGAUCGAUGGCCUCACCAAGGAUGAGAUGUCCAAAGAACAGUUGGAGGACCACAUCAUGCGUCUGAGGGAGGAACUUGAUCGAGAGAGGGAGGAGAGGAACUAUUUUCAGCUUGAGAGGGACAAGGUGCAUGCCUUCUGGGACAUCACCGACAGGAAGCUGAAGGAGGCCAAUGCUGAACUAAAAAACCUGGAUAAAGAGCUGGAAGAAACAGAAAUCAAACUUCAAGUAGAAAUAAAGGUUUAUAGACAAAAAAUGCGGCAUCUUCUCUGUGAACAUCAAAAUACAAUUUGUGAGCUCAACGCUGAUGGAGUAGCCUCAAAAGAGGCAUUGCAGGCUGAACAAACAUUACUAGAGAAAAAACUUAGAAAUGAUUUGGCAUCUCUGCUGGUAGACAUACAUCAAGUGGACACUGAAACGCCAAUCAUGGAGCUUAAAAAGAAACAUCAAGAAGAAAUGGCUGAUAUGAGAGCAAUUUCAGAAAAGAAACUCCAAGAUUCUGAGGCCAAGAAUGAAAAGAUGCAUGAUGAGCUGCAACUGGAUCUUGAGAAUAAGAGGAAAACUGAAGUCAGUCAGGUCAGGGACAACUGGAACAAAUUCAUCUCGACUUUGAUGGAGAAAGAUAAAGAAGUAUAUGAAGAGGCAAAAGCCUUACUUAAGAACACAGAGAAGAAAUUUGAUGCCCAAAAUGAACUUAAGCAAAUUGUUGCAGAUGAGUCAACCAACCUCAAUAAAACUGAAAAGGAGCUGACACAAGUUUUGCUGGAGAACAAACAAGUGACUGAGAAUCUGACUGAAAUUCAAGAAGAAAUAGCUGUUCUUCAAAAUAAAAUGAAGUAUAAGUCCAAAAAGUUUGACAACAAAAAGGAAAUUGAACUAAAUAAUCUUGCAUUUGAACAUGAGAUGCUGCAAAAAAAGUUUAAAGAGCUGCAGUUGGAGGUUGCUGAGCUGCAUAAGACAUCUGCAGAGACAAUUGAGAAGAUGAAAAACAAGGCAGAUGCAAAACAUAUGCAGAUGGAAAAGAAGAUACAGACCUUGACAGACAAGAUCCAAAAGGAUUUGCUUUUUUGUUGA